GGGCUCCGUGUCUUGCCAUGCGGCCCGGGUUUAGCAGCCAUGUGAGUGAGUUCUUCAGCAGCGGCAGCGGCGCCUUGAUGAACAGUAUGUCGACCGCCGUGGCAACUCGUAAGCGGGCAAAGCCAGCUCCCGGGCCCGGGGCGGCUCCGGUGGCCGGCAAGCGGCGACGAAAGGUAGACUCCGCUGCCGACAGAGGCAAGUCGAAGGGUGGCGGCAAAAUGAAUGAAGAGAUUUCCAGCGAUUCUGAGAGUGAGAGCUUGGCUCCAAGAAAAACAGAGGAAGAGGAGGAGGAAGAGCUGGAGGAGACUGCACAGGAAAAGAAGUUACGCUUGGCCAAACUCUACCUUGAACAACUCAGGCAGCAAGAGGAGGAGAAGGCUGAAGCCCGUGCAUUUGAGGAGGAUCAGGUGGCCGGGCGCUUGAAGGAGGAUGUGCUCGAGCAGAGAGGCAGGCUGCAGAAAUUGGUGGCAAAGGAGAUUCAGGCCCCAGCUCCCACCGACAUUCGAGUUUUGCGGGGCCACCAGCUCUCCAUCACGUGCUUGGUCAUCACUCCUGAUGACCUGGCCAUCUUCUCCGCUGCCAAAGACUGCACCAUCAUUAAGUGGAGUGUAGAGACUGGGCGGAAGCUGCAUGUGAUCCCUCGAGCCAAGAAGGGUCCCCAGGGACAGCCUUCAGGCCACAGCAGCCAUAUCCUCUGCAUGGCCAUCUCCUCUGAUGGCAAGUACCUCGUAAGACUGGGCUGGCCCUGUGGGCGGGUGGAGGUGUGGGUGGGUGGUAUGUGCCUGUGGUCAUUACCUUCCUUCCCACAGGCCUCUGGUGACCGUAGCAAGCUCAUUCUCAUUUGGGAGGCCCAGAGCUGCCAGCACCUGUACACCUUCACGGGACACCGGGACGCCGUGUCGGGACUGGCCUUCCGAAGAGGUACCCACCAGCUCUAUAGCACUUCCCACGACCGCUCUGUGAAGGUGUGGAAUGCAGCCGAGAACUCCUACGUGGAGACGCUGUUCGGGCACCAGGAUGCUGUGGCUGCCUUGGACGCCUUGAGCCGAGAGUGCUGUGUGACAGCCGGGGGCCGGGAUGGCACUGUGCGUGUGUGGAAGAUCCCAGAGGAGUCCCAGCUUGUCUUCUAUGGCCACCAGGGUUCCAUUGACUGCAUCCAUCUGAUCAACGAGGAGCACAUGGUGUCGGGUGCAGAUGAUGGCUCUGUGGCCUUGUGGGGCCUCUCCAAGAAACGGCCGCUCGCCCUCCAGCGUGAAGCUCAUGGGCUUCACGGGGAAGCAGGCCUGGAGCAGCCCUUCUGGAUAUCUUCCGUGGCAGCCCUUCUCAAUACAGACCUUGUAGCCACAGGCUCCCAUAAUGCCCGUGUGCGACUUUGGCAGUGUGGAGAGGGCUUCCGGCAGCUCGACCCUCUCUGUGACAUCCCCCUGGUUGGUUUUAUCAACAGCCUCAAGUUCUCCAGUGCUGGGGACUUUUUGGUGGCUGGAGUGGGACAGGAACACAGGCUUGGCCGGUGGUGGAGGAUCAAGGAGGCCCGGAACUCAGUCUGCAUCAUCCCGCUCCGCAGGCUCCCUGUGUCCCCUGUUGCUGGCUCCUGACACUCACCCUUAUUUAAGUGCUUUCCAGGCCCCGCCCCUGCCCCGCCCCUUUUGUAUUAAAGCCUCCCAUUUUAGAUCUU